AUGAACAGUCUCAUAAAGGUUCACAAUGACUCUAAAACGAGAGAGGUUUCGCCAAUGACAAGAAUAGAAGCGCAUUAUCGAAAAUUUCUGGCGAGAAGAUGGUUAGCUUUGAACAUUAGAGCUGCUAUAUGGUCCAAUCUUAUCUUUUCCAUAACGAUACUCGUUCUUUCUGGUCUGAGAAUCUCUUCCCUUCCCUUAUGCCUUUUCACCGCUUCAGCCGCUUUCUGUCUUGGCGUUUAUCCAGUACUAAGUGCACGAAGAAGACUCAUCAUUCAUCCCCCAAAAACACAAGCAAAAGCAUUCCUUCCAUCCCUAUUUCUCUUCAGCUUCACAUCCCAAACCUCCCAACCUCUCAUCGCUAAUGUCAUCUCUGGAAUAAGUUGGACGAUAUCGUAUUGUGUUUUAAUAUCUAUCUAUCGACCAUCAGCCAAUCUCGGUCCUUGGUCUCGCACUCAACGUCAUCCUUGGCAUGUCAACGAACGACCCGUAUUUUUACUCCUGGGACAUUGUGCUUUUCUCUUAGGUCUUGGCGUACGGGAUCUACUUCAAGAUCGAUUCAGAGCUGUUUGGCCCAACAGACGGAUUCCAUUUAGUCGUGCUGUCAAAACCACUCUAUUCUCUCAAAUUUCACUUGAGCGCUUCUUCAAGACAAAAUGGAACAGCGUAACGUUGGCAUUUCUCUGGCCACUCAUAUACACCUUUACAUAUAAAGCUUUGAGAAGAACCGUGUGGACUUCGAUCGUAGGAUGGGUCAUUCCUCUUCGUUCAUUCGUCGGAAACUUUGCCAAAAGCUCUAAGAAUACUAUCGGGCUAUCCCUCGCUGUCCAUCUGAUCUUACUGGAAUUGAUGACACUUGUGAUUGUCAAAAUUCCCAUGGCUGCUCUACCGGCGUACGUGAACCAGCCUCUCGACUUUGACACUUUCACCCGAAAGAGUCCUCUGGGAGCAGACCGAUAUCUUCUCACCGCAUUGAAGUCUCAAAACCCUUAUUAUCUCCAUUUCACCCUUAUGGAACUUGUCCGAAUAUCCUCUAUACCUUCACGUCGACAAGCGAUUUUUCAAGAGAUGACAUCGAAAGAUUCUCUGACGUUGGAUCUCAUACAAGAACUCCUUUUACUCUUGGGUAAACAAUAUUCACUUCUCUCAUCGCGUGGUUUACCCACGCGGUCUAUCACCCCUGUGGUCAAAGCACCGACCCAAGAUUCUCAUUCUAUCUCACUGAAAUCGGGAGAUAUAUUCCGACCUGCUCCAAAACAAAAAUCGGUAUUACAGUCCGCUUUGAAGAGCGUACUUGACGGACCUAUCAGAUCCACACCUCCUGAACCAGUCUUAAGAGCUCAAGCAUUGGGUAAGCAGGUGGGACAAAAAGCCGUAGAGAGGAUAGAGGGUUUAGAGAGGGAAGUGAUAGGUAAAAUUGAGGAUGUUCCGGUAGGAAGGGCCGUAGUAGGUGAAGCGAAGGGAUUAUGGGAGGGUUUGUAUUCUUGGGGUGGAAAGGAAUGGGCUAGGAGAAGAGUGGAGAUAGCUUUACCAGAACCGGUGGUUUUGAAAAGAUUAGUGGAUGUCUUCACUAACCUAUCAAUCGCUUCGACUUCCGAAGAUACAUACGGUCUCAUCCAACAAGUCUUACCUUCUAUCCUCGAAGCUCUCGUCCGUUUCCGAGCAUCUCUGCAGACUUUCGAAACGGAGUUAGUUACUCAAACUUCACUUUUAGGCUACGCACAACCUUCCGCCAUCACCCUGGUGCGGAUUCGUCUCGCUGAAGCAAAGGAGACUUGUGAGAACGGUAUCACGAAGAUUUGCUUUCAUUUUGGGAAAAGCAUGAGUGCGUUUGUUUUCCCACCUACUAUCGCAGCUGCCUUGGAGGAGAUAUGUCGGGAUGCAAGUGAUGAGGGAUUAGAAAGAUCAAGUGAAAAAGAAAAAGAGAUAGAAGGAAGAUGA